AAUGCUCAUCAACACACAUCCAUAUAUGUAUAAAGUUUUGCCCAAGUGAAUAUAUGUCAAAUACUCAUAUGAAAAAACAGAAAAUAAUUUAGCAUAAACUGUCCUAAAACUAAACGAUUUCCUCGAGAUAAUGAUGUUUUGAAUGCAUAGUUGUAUGAUUUUAUUAUUGUUUCAAUGCAAAUGAUGAUGUUUAAUACAAUCAAUUAUCCGAAUACCAUCAGAUUAUUCUAAAACGUUCGAAGGAAAUAACAAUCAUGAUACAAAUUAUAGAGUGUAAUUCACAGUUGUGACUAUACAAAAAUAUAUCACUUUACUAUAAAUAUGAAUAUAAAAUACUACAGAAUAUGAAUUUAUUAAUUGCCAAUGAUGUAACAUGAAGUCUGAUAUAUGUAGAAAUGUUGAAAAAUAACAUUCAAAAUAAGCACAGUGAACCUAACCUGCCUUGGUUACCGGUACCGAAUUUGUUAACUGAAGGUGAUGAAUUUUCUCUUUGUUUCCAGGAAACAGAAAACCCCUCGAAACAAAUGACAUGGCAUAAAGUUUUCGUACAAAUUGAUUUGUGGGGAUUUUUUAUCUAUUGGAAUUCAAUAGAACAAAAAGUUGUUACGACAGUGGAUCUCAUAUAUAUUGAAGAUAUUGAAAUGUGUAUAGAUAGUGAUGAUUUAUUUGAAUCAAUGGAAACUAGUUUCAUACGUCUUCAGGUUUCUUCAGAAGGGCUUUUCGAAUCUAGAACAAAUACAGCCUAUGGAAAAUUGCAUAAAGGAAUAUAUGACCACUCCAGUAUUUUAUUUUUAUUAGUCAAGGAUAAUCCUGAAACUUUAAAGUUAUGGAAAGAUAACCUACUUAGACUAGUAUUUACUCAUUAUCCAACACGUAUUGAUUUGGCACCACUGGAAUUGUUAUGGAAACAAUGGACACAUCUAAUUAUUGUUUAUUCGAAUUUGUCAACAUGGAGAAAAACAGAGCAGUUAAUUCACGAUAGAAAGUCUACCAUACCAAAUUGUUGUAUUCUAGCAGCAUUUGGAUUAGAAGGAAAUUUAUUGCCAAGUCAUAGAAGUUAUCUGUCUGAAUGUUCACCGAUUAUUACAGACAAUGUCAAUACAGACUAUAGUAGUAGCGAUGCUAACAUUGAAGAAACUUUGCUAGACAAUUUCACAUUCGAUGUUUUCUUUAAUUUAUUCAUCCAUUCUUGGCCUCGAGACGACAUAGCAGACCUAUUUUCUGCAUACACUAAAACUAAAGGAUUUAUGAACUGUCAAGAGUUGAAUUUAUUUUUGCACACAAGUGUUUCAUAUUUCACAAAUCCAAAUGUUUCUUUGAAAAAUCCAAGGAAUUUUAAGGCGGUUGAUAAGCAAAAAACACUGAGACAUUUAAAAUAUCUACACAUUGAACGAACACAAAAUAAUUCAAAUUUAAAACGAUCAAGAAGUUGUUAUACAACUAAUCAGACUAAUUUAAAUCAGAGUCCAAUUGCGAAUACUCUCAAUUUAACUAGUGAAUCAUUGUCCUCUAAAACAAGUCCAUUACAUCACGACAGAAAUAGAAUAAACGAUCACAAAUCUAUCUCUUCUCUUGUCAUUACUAAUUAUAAAGAAUUUAGUGAAAUUGUUCGACGAUAUGAAACUAAUCAAUAUGCAGUCAGUAAAUGUUUAUUGACAAACGAAGGGUUUUACCGGUUACUCUUAUCUUCCACAUAUCGUGAAUUAUGCAUAAGCCGCAACCCAACUUUUGACACCUAUGAUCAGCCAAUAGAAUCAAUGUCUACAGUUGCAGAACCGAGCAAAUUUAGUUUAGAUGGAUCACAACAUCCGCUCGCCCAUUAUUAUAUUAAAAGUGCUUAUUUAACCCAUAAAACCUGCAGAGAAGAUGAUAUUAAACAUACUGUUCAAUGUAGCCAGGUGUCGCUUACAGAUACUACAAUACCCAAAGAACCAUGUUCUGUGAUAGGAUAUGGUAUUAAAUCAAAUAAGAUUCUCAGAACUAUCCGUCAAGCGUUAUUUUUUGGAAUUAGGACCCUAAUUUUAGAUUGUCAUUAUUUUUCCAGACUAGUUGGAGCCGAAACUAUUAUUUCUAAUGAACUUAUCAUCGUCCCCACAAAUCCAAAUAAAAUACCAACUUGUUUUACAGAACAAACCCCACACGAGUCAUUUGAUUUAAUGAGAUCCAUUUUGUACAAAAACUAUCCAUAUGCCUUAUUCAGGUCCGUCUUACAAGUAUUGAAUGAAAAUAUAUUCCUUAUUUCUGAUUAUCCAUUCAUUCUGAUCAUGAACUUGUAUGGGUUAGGUCAAGAGCAACAAUGCAGACUGGCAAAUUUGCUGCAAGAAUAUCUUGGACAGUGGAUAAUGGUAUCGCCUUUACCGAAUUAUACCAGUAAUUUGAACAAUAAUAAUAAACUUGAAAAGGAAACUCAUUCUACUUAUUCAAAACCAAAUUACUCACGUCACUUACCGUCACCAGAAAUGUUAAAAAAUAAAAUACUUUUGAGUAUUCGCUUAGUAAGAACAACCAGAUCGUUAUCCGAAGAUCAAUCACAAGAGCUAGUGACAGACAAACCACAGAGUCACUUUACUCAAACAACGCUUUUGAAAAAGUCAGAAGUUGCUUCGCCAUUAACUGUAUUUAUUACAAAUCCUGAAGGUGAACAAAAAAGUGCAAGUCAAGAUAUAGCGUCUACCAACAGUAGUAGUCAACUCAGUCCACCAGUAGAGCACAGGUUGAGCUUGAACAAAAUACUUAACAAAUCGGUAACACCAGAGGAUCAUAGUUCAAAUGGUUGGUUUCCAAAAUGUUGCGGGAUGUAUACAAAUAAAAUAAUUGAUCGAGAUGCCACAUUUUCUAGCCAAGAUGAAGUAAACUAUUUACACCCACGUCUGGCCAGACUUGUAGUAUUGCCAACGCCAGAUUUUCCUCCUGAUACUUGUAUAGCAUUACACCAUCAGUAUUUGCUUCGGAACUCCAAGUCCGAUCUAGUGGAUCGCGAUGGUAGGCACAUAGAAUCUAAUAUUUUACGAAGGCUACAGAUUAGAAGAAAAUCCGAAGGACCAAUACAUGAUUCAAGAAGUUUCAAAAAUAUGAGUUCUGUUAAUCUUGACAAAAAUGAUCGACAGCCAAACAGAAAAUUGGAGGAAUGUGAACUUCUUACUUCUCUAUUUAACUUGAUCACUACUCGGAAGGCUCAGCUAAAACACAGAGAUAGGAAAAGAAGAUUACUUAAACGCUUAGUCACCGAGGUAUGUGGAAGUAUGACUAGCCAGAAAAGAUCAACAUCAGGUGUAAAUAAUACCCCAUCUUCAAAUAGAAAAUAUACAUGGUCAAAUGCUUCAGAGGCUCAACCAACAAAACUGGAUCAUCGAACAGAUAAAAUUACAACAAAGCAAGACAAAGGAUGGUUUAAAAAUCGAAUAUGUGCUUCACCAAAAAAAAUAGAAGAAUUGAAUAUCAGUUCAAAAGACACUCUAUUGGCUGCAACAGUAAGAUAUGCUCGCCGUUUAUCAAAUGCAUCUGUAUCAAAAUUCAAUCUAUCAGUUAACUCUUCACCGCGAAAUUCUGAAUGUCGUGAUGUAUCUACGGACUCUCUAAACAACCAGAAACACCCGCAACAUUUGAAUAAUCGAUUGGAUGCUGAUGGAAACAAAAGACCUGCAAGUACUUAUCAAGAUAAAGAACAAAAUUAUAAUGAUUUCAUUACAAAAACUUCACCUUUACCUAUGAAAAAAGAAUUGAAGCAGAAUAAUAGCAACAGUGGUCGUAAAUCAUCCAAGCCUCAAAAUCCUAAACAAACAAAAGAUUUAAAUAGUCACACCUCAAAAAGACAAUCACGUAAAUCUACAGAAAGUGGACAUAAACGGAGUCCUACUUCUAGUUGUGGUCAUUGUUCAUGUAGUAGUGGCAGUCGUAGUGACAAAGGCUCACCUACACAUGAAGUUCCUCAACAUCAAACUGGACAAACAAAGUUAAGUUACUUCCGUGAUGGUAUACAAAAGUUGAGGAAUAAAUUUUCAAGCGAAAAACAAAAAUCGUUUGAAAAUUAUGUACCGCGCUUUCAUUCAAAUAGCAUUAGUAAAUUAAGAAAUUCAUGGAGUGAAAGUGAAGCAAGUAGCAAAUCAACUGAUUCACUGUCCAAUAAUAGCAUUUCAAUAGAUUCAUCACCAACUGUAGAAACAUCAUUAUCAUCAGAUACAGAAUCUUAUAGAAGUAAAAGUAGCACCGAUAACAGCAUCAGCAGUAGUUCAUCGGAAAACAUGGUGAAUAAAUCGAAAAGUAUGGGAUCACCGAUAACAACCAAUGUCAAGAAAAGUCUUCAAACACAUCUAUCAAGUGUUCGUCAUUCAAUUACAUCACUAACCAAUGCCUUAUUCCAUCAAGAUAAAAAUACUGGUCGCAAUAUUUUACAAAAACAAUCAACUAUCGAAAGUCAAGAAAGUGAUCUAGAGUCUACAAAAAAUUAUUGGGUAGAUUCAUUAAGAUGGUUUAUUGGAUCAAGAAUUACUAAUAUUUCAUCAGAUGAUUUAAUUUAUUUACUAUCUAGAAAGCAGAUGACAAAAUCACUAGCAAGAUACAAUAAAGAACGUUUAACCUGUGUUUUCUUGUCGGAUCAGGAAAAGUCAUGGGAUGUUCAUCAGCUUUUCCGUUCUGUUGGGUGUCAACUAAUCCCAUAUGGACUGGAUAUCUCAGUAGCCACAUUUGACUUGGAGAAACCAGUUAGCGUUCGCCAACAAUUUGUGAAACUUAAUCAAAUGGACGAAUUACGAAACAGUUUUGCUAUGUCUGAAAAUGGGUACAUUCUAAAACCUGCCUUACUGAGAAUACCGACUAUAAAUCGUUAUCACCGUAAACUAAUUACCAGACGUAAAUAUCAGAAACUAUUUCCAAAAUCUGAUCCCAAUUCAAAUAAUAUGAAAAAUCAACUUAGCAACUAUUUAAGAUGUGCUUGCUGUUAUGAUCCAUUGGAUAUAAGUUCAGAAUGUGAAUUAAUUGGUAAAAUUUAUGAUGGAAUAACAAAUCUGAACUGGUCAAUAACUUCAAGCCACGAAGCUAACUUUUACCUACCAUGGAAUUAUACUUUACAGUUGGUCAACUUUAUGAAAAUUCACAGUUCGCAUCCUGAAAGUUCACUGUUAAACAAUCAAGAAAACGUGGAGACACAAUCUUAUCAAUAUAAUUCCAUAAAACCAAAUAAACUGCCUAAACGGUACCGACGUGCAGCUAAUGCAACAAACACAACGCCGAAACGUCAAAGACAUGCAAGUGCCAGUAGAGCAGCAAUAGUAUGUAAUGCUGCCAAUUUCAAAAAUCUUCAAUCAACUCCUACAAAAGCUAAUUCUUGGAGUUCGACUCAAAUUAGACACCAAAGUCAAGAAAAUAUGAAUUUGAGAAAUAAGAAUAUUGAUUUUCACGAACGACGUCGACUAAGUUCAUUAAAAAGAGACUCUGAGAACAUAAUAAUCGAGGCUGAAAUCAAAGCGCCACUUUUCAAAUUUUCACAUCUUACUACAAACAUAUCAAGACGCUUUUGCCAAGUUCCAGAAGAGCACAAUAUAGUACGCUAUCGUCUUUACUCAAACAAUUCAUUAUUUCCUACAGAUGAUGUAACUGCAAAUAACCAGUAUAAACUAAGAAAAUCUAAAACACUAUCAAGAUCUUCUUACGCACUCUCAUCAAUGUUAAAUGACAAAGAAAGGAUUCCCAUGUUCUCAAGCUUUAACUCAAUGCCAAGAAUUAGUUCUGAACUUAUGCUAGAUUGGCUAUCUACACGUAAAGUUACAUUUUCCCGUAUUCAUUUGCCUGAAUCAAUAUGUAUUAGAAUAAAUACGGGGAGUCACAGGAAAAAGUGUGACAAUAAUAUUAAAUCAUAUGGAAACAUGGAAAACGUUAUUGCGUCGUGCAUAAUAAAUUCAAAUAGUCCACUAAACAAAGCAUUAACAGGUUUCCAACAUUUUCAACUUAAAUUAGUCGACCAGUCUAAGACAAAAAUAAUCCCCCGAGAGGGAAAGGAUGACGUCACAGAAUUCGACCAUAGUGUCUUUCACCAACACUUGAAAGCUACCAUAGGUUUGCUGAUAUUUUGCAAGAUAAAUAUGGAUACUUACGUACCGCAUUCAUUGGGUGAUUUGAUUGAAACACUAACCAAAAAAUAUGAUACUCGUUUGAGAACUAUACCUUCUAACCAACUAACAAAUGAUAAACAUUAUAAUGCUAACCGUUCAAAAAGUUAUCUGUAUUUAGAUCGACACCAAAGUAUUAAGGAAAUAUCUACGUUAAAACAUUCAAUAAUCCGUUCCAAUUCUUUUACCUAUAAGGAAUAUGGUGAAAAUUUACAACAAGAUGCUAUUUGAGUGAACAUAUAUGUAAAGAUUAUUUUAGCAUUAAUAAAAAGCGCAAUUUUGUUGAUACAAAUAGUGUAAUGAUAAUCGUUCUACUGUUAUAAAUUCUGAUUGGAACAGAUGGUGUAUUUUUCUUGAAGAACCUAUCAAAUAAUCUUUACUUGGUUUUAAAAUAUAUGAACACUCCAUCUGUACAAUCUAAGAUGUAGACUCACUUUGUAACACAUGGUAUAUUGUUUAUCGUAGUAGUCAAACAAUUACGUUCUUUGUGCAAAAUAUACUUUAUUUUACAAAUC